CUGUCAUCUUGAAAGCUACCAAAACUCUGUCCAUGUCGGUGUAAUAAGGAAAAUUGCUCGAAAUAAUGAAUUUAUGUUGUAAAAUAUUUAUUCAUUUUGUUGAUUGAUUAUUGAUUGGCGUUAAGACUCUCAACAGUUCAUUGAUAUUAGAUCUAUAAGUUUAUAGCCCGAAAAUGACGUGGGGAUUUGUUACUUGUGGUCCUAAUGAAGCUCUUGUCGUCUCUGGAUGCUGCUACAACAAGCCUUUGCUGGUGCCAGGAGGACGAGCCUUUGUAUGGCCUACCAUACAAUGUGUUCAAAGAAUUUCCCUCAACACCAUGACGCUACAGGUGGACUCCCCGACAGUGUACACAAGUCAAGGCGUUCCGAUCUCAGUCACUGGCAUAGCACAGGUGAAGAUUCAGGGACAAAAUGAAGAGAUGCUGAUGGCAGCUUGUGAACAGUUUCUGGGAAAGUCAGAUCAGGAAAUUCAGCACAUUGCGUUGGCAACACUGGAGGGGCAUCAGCGGGCAAUAAUGGGCAGUAUGACUGUUGAGGAGAUCUAUAGAGACCGUAAGAAGUUCAGCAAGCAGGUGUUUGAGGUUGCGUCGUCCGAUCUGGUCAACAUGGGUAUCACUGUGGUGUCGUACACGCUCAAAGACAUCAGAGAUGAAGAGGGAUAUCUGAAGAGUCUGGGGAUGGCGCGUACUGCUGAGGUCAAACGAGACGCAAGGAUCGGGGAGGCGGAGGCUCGAAAGGAUGCUCAGAUCAAGGAAGCCAUGGCAGAGGAGGAGAGGAUGGCUGCCAGAUUCUUGAACGAUACUGAAAUAGCAAAGGCACAGCGAGAUUUUGAGAUCAAGAAAGCAGCGUAUGACGUAGAAGUACAAACAAAGAAAGCUGAGGCAGAAAUGGCGUACGAACUGCAAGCAGCAAAAACAAAACAGAGAAUCAAGGAAGAACAGAUGCAGAUCAAGGUGGUAGAGAGGACACAGGAGAUUGCUGUGCAGGACCAGGAGAUACAGAGGAAGGAGAAGGAGCUGGAGGCGAUGGUCCGUCGACCUGCGGAAGCAGAAAAGUUCAGGCUGGAGAAGAUGGCUGAGGCCAACAGACUCAGGGUGGUGAUGGAGGCAGAGGCCGAAGCCGAGUCUCUGAGACUACGAGGAGAGGCCGAGGCAUUUGCAGUGCAGGCCAAGGCCAAGGCAGAGGCCGAGCAGAUGUCCAAGAAGGCCGAGGCAUUCAAGGAGUACAGAGAGGCUGCUAUGGUGGAAAUGCUGCUGGAGACACUGCCUAAGAUGGCAGCAGAAGUGGCUGCGCCGCUGUCCCAAGCCAAGAAGAUCACGAUGGUGUCGGCCGGCAACGGUGAGGUUGGCGCUGCCAAGCUCACCGGAGAAGUUCUACAGAUCGUCACCAAAGUGCCGGAGAUGGUCAAAAACAUGACCGGGGUCGACAUUAUGAAGGUUCACUUAGCCAACUUUAAGUAGGGUCAUCUUCACUUCAUUCAUCAACUGCACGGAUCGUCUGCAUACCAUCUCAUAGCCGUAGAGUAGUUCAGUUUUCACUGUUGCAAAUAUAAAAUGAUUUUAAAUUAGUUAGGUACCCGUAUCUUUGUUCUAUCCCCAAUGUAAGCGGUUUUUUAAUUGAGAAGAGUUUUUUAAACUAUUACUGCUUGGUUUUACAAUUUUUUCCUUUUUUGAAUAAGUAAUUUGAUUUUAAAUGGGCUUGCUUUCUUUAACAUUCAUAUUGAAGCAAAAAUAUUUAAAAAGCUAUCAUAAUUUGCUAUUAUUCAUGCUUAACUUAAUUUCUGAUAACCAUUCAAAAUAAAUUCCUUAAUUUUGUUUAUGAUCAGGCAUUCAUUUUAUAAGUAUUUUAUAUUUGUAACAAGUGGCAUAGUCAUAUACUAGAUACUUUAUUAUGUUUGAUGUCAAAGUACAAUUUAGCUAGUAAACAUACUUUAGGUCGCCUUAUCAAAAUAGGAUAUUAAGUUGUGUCUGUAUGUUGUUUUCUUUUAAGUUUUCUUCUUCCUUUUACCUUUUAGCAGUUCAAUAUAUUCAGUUUUUAUAAGUUUUUUAUAGUUGAUUGGCUAUUUUUUUUUUUUUUAAUCUUUACAUUUUGUAUUUUAAUGGCAAAUCCUGAUCAAAAAAGAUAAUUUUAACUAAAUGCGAUUGGAACUAAGUUAUAUUUUUACAACAACAACUUUAUAUAACUUUAGAACUAGAAUAUUGCAAGAACUUUUGUUCUCUUUACAUUAUUAGUUAAACAUAGUUGUUUUAAAUUAUUUUAAAAUUUAAAAACAACUGUUUUAAGUUUGAUGGAUUUUCAAAUCCUCAGAAUUAAUUCUGAUCUUAACUUUGGUUUCUGACCUUGUUUUCCUUUUAUUUUGAAUUCCUAUUUAUACAUAUAUUAUUUGUGUGUUUGUGUUGUUAUAGUUUAGAUAUUGUAUAGAUUGAACUUGUAGAAGCCCAGUAUCAAAAAUCAUGUGCCAAAAUAACUUGUAUUUAGUUUAGUUUUUAGUUUGCUUUAGAAUAAGUUAAUCCCCAUGACCUUUAUUGAUUAUUUUGUCUACAACAGUCAAUAUAUAGGCAUUCAUAGACAUUUGAUUUUAGGUUUUUAAAACUCCAUGCAAACUAUCGUGGAUAUAUCUCAUCAUGUUUAUUUCCUAUAAAUGUUUUAUACACAAUAUCUUGUUUGUUUUACUAUAAAUCAUUAAUGAAAUUGUAAAGAGUAUUAUUUGUAAAUCUAUUUGUGUAGUAAAUAAGGUGACGAGGAA